AUGAAACUCGCACUGUUGACCCUCGCCUCCGCUGUCUGCGCCCAAGCCAAUCUUUGGCGCGCUUAUGCCGGCCUCUCCACCAACGCAUAUCAGAAACGAUUUGACGAGCUCGUGUCGCAGGGAUACCGACUGACCUCUGUGGACGGCUACGUGCAAGACGAUGAGCCCGCCUUCGCCGUCAUCUUCGAACAGAAGCCCUCUCCGGCGUGGCGCUCGCACUCUGGCCUGACCUCUGAUCAAUACCAUGCUAAAUUCGAAGACUACCUCAACCAGGGAUACCAUGUUGUGCAGGUGAAUGGAUACACCGUCAACGGAACGGACUAUUACGCGGCUAUCUGGGACAAGUCGCCCGUUGGACCCUGGGCCUCCCGUCACGGCAUGUCUACCAAGGGCACGCAAAAGUACUUCAACGCCUACAGGGACGAGGGAUACCGCAUGACGCACAUCAGCGGAUACGAAGUGUCCCACGAGGCGCGCUAUGCCGCCGUGUGGGAGAAAUCUGAUGAUAAUUCCACGGCGUGGGAGUCGCGUGGGAACCUGACAGCCUCCCAGUACCAGAGCACCUUUGACGAUUUCGUCAAGAAGGGAUACCGUCCUGUGCACGUCGACGGAUACGAGGUCGAUGGCGAGGUGUAUUAUGCUGCUAUCUUCGAGAAGUCUUCGUCUGGACCGUGGGUGGCGCAUCAUGGACUUAACGCCGCCGCAUUCCAGAAGGAGUUUGAUGCCCUCCUCAAGAAGGGGUAUGCUCUGCGCACUCUCAGUGCUUAUAACGACGGGGACAAACCGCUGUUUGCGGGUAUCUGGGUGAAGCCAUAG